AAUCAUUAUGACAAAAUAGAUUUUGUGGCGGUACUUAUGUUUUAUUUAUUUUACAAUUAAUGUUCCUCAAAUAAAUAAAAAAAAUCUGUUGUUGUUGGUAUUAAAAUCAACUUAACAGUGCAGGAAUGCCAGAUAAUUAGCAUCUCAUGUUUCAUUACUGAAACAUCGAGCCGUUGUGAGCUUAUUACACGUUGGCAUGUUUUUAAAAAAGCAAUUUAGUAAAAUGAUGACUUAUUAAUUUUUACCUAAUUAUUUGCGUUUAGACUAUAAAACUAUGGUCUUGAAACUUAUUCCAAAAGCCAAAAAAGAAAUGAAGAAACGUAAAUUGAAAAAAAACGACAAAAAUGAUGCAGUUAUCAGCGAUAAAGAUUGGUUUGUGAGGUUUGACGCACCAUUGAAAAUCCUGUUGACUGCUAGAUUUUUCGCUGCUUUUCUUGUUCACAUUUCUGACUGUGAUGAGACCUUCAACUACUGGGAACCGACUCACUAUUUCAUUUUUAAUAGUGGUUUCCAAACUUGGGAAUAUGCUUCUCCUUACGCCCUUAGAUCGUAUUUGUACAUACUUAUUCAUGCAGUGCCUGUAUACCUUUACAAAAUCGUAUUCAACACAAGAAAAAUCAUGUUAUUUUACUUGAUACGAUGUGUGCUUGCACUAUUGUGUUCUCUAUGUGAACUCUAUUUUUAUAAAGCUAUAACUAAAAAAAUUUCUCCUACUGUAAGCAAAUUGUAUUUAUUCAUCACGGUUUUCAGUCCUGGAAUGUUCAUUGCAUCUACUGCAUUUUUACCUUCUAGUUUUUCUAUGUAUAUGACAUUUUUAAUUAUUGGUGCUUGGUUGAAUGAAAAUUUUGAAUUGGCAAUAUUUUCAACUGCACUGUCAACAUUUUUAAGUUGGCCAUUUUCAUGUCUGAUUGGAGUACCGUUAGCAGUGGAUAUAAUUUUUGCAAACAAGAAGUAUGUGUUAUUCAUUAAAUGGUGUUUAAUAUCAUUGGGGACUAUUUUAGUUUAUCAAGUUGCCAUAGAUUCAUAUUUUUAUGGAAAAUUUGUAAUAGCUCCAUACAAUAUAGUUUUUUAUAAUAUAUUUACAAGCCAUGGUCCUGAUUUAUAUGGUAUUGAAGAUAAUUAUUUUUAUUUUCUCAAUGGUUUCCUGAAUUUUAAUAUUGUAUUUAUUAUUUCAUUUGUGGCUCCUGUCAUUUUAAUUGCAAGAAAGAUGUAUACCAAAAUUGGAAUCAGAUUUUCCAAUCAUAGCGAUAUUAACAACAAUACUACUUGGUUUAUAUAUUUAACACCAUUGUACUUAUGGAUUCUUGUGUUUGAAAUGCAACCACAUAAGGAGGAAAGAUUUCUUUUUCCUAUUUAUCCAUUGAUACAAAUGGCAGCUUCCAUAGCUUUAGAGUACUUAAAAGAUAUGGAAUUUCAUCCCAGCAUAGCCAUACGUAGUAAAUUAAUACGUUUGUAUAACAAAUCUGUAAAUAUUGCAACAAUACCCUGUCUCUCUGUAUUUUUUUUAUUGGCGUUGUCACGAAGUAUUCUUUUAAUUAAAGCGUAUCAUGCACCUAUUGAUAUAUAUACACAAUUGAGUAAUGAACACCUUACACUACCUGAAUCAAAUGUAAUAAAUGUGUGUGUUGGUAAAGAAUGGUAUAGAUACCCCUCAUCAUUUUUUCUACCAGAUGAUAGAUGGAAAAUGCAUUUUAUAAGAUCUGAAUUUCGAGGACUUUUACCAGGUAGAUUUAGUCCAGAGUCUUUGUCUACAGUUGUUGAAAAUUUUAAUAAUCAGAAUAAAGAAGAACUAGAUAAAUAUAGUGAUAUAAGACUGUGUCAUUUCUUAAUAGACUUGAACAACAACCAAAGUUCAGAAUUAGAACCCAAUUAUUCUGAAAAUAAUUUACAAUGGAGUAUCUGGAAGUCUGUACCUUUUCUUGAUAGCCAAAAAACAUCAUAUUUAUUCAGACCAUUUUAUAUUCCAUAUUUUUGGGAAGAGAAUGCUAAGUUUUCUUCAUACAAUCUUCUUAUGAGAAACAAUUUUGAUAAUAUAAGUGCAAAAUCAUACUCCGAAAAUGGUUCACCUAUACACUAUGCGUUUUAGAUAAAGCUUAUAUAUGUUUAUUGCAGUUACACCUGAAAUUUUACAUCAUUUGUUUGCAGACUAUUUUAUUACUAUUGUACAUCAACAUAGCUAUUAAUGAACACUGCCAAGCAAUUAUUUAUAGGUUCAUAGUUAUGUUUCCUUUUUGUUAUCUGGCUCAUUAAAAAAAGCUCAUUAGUGUUAAUAAUAUAAUAAUUUUGUAAUUUGGUGACUUUUGUAUGUAAAAUAUAAAUACUUUAAGCAUAUGGAAUAAAAUUGAUCUUAAUCUAUUAAUGAACUUCAAUAAUUUCUAAAACCUUAUUAUUUUUAAUGAAUAGUUUAUCUUGUAAUCGAAAUCAAUCAUUUAUGUCAUUUGGUUACAAUUCAAUGAUCAUAGCCUCUAUAUUCCUUUCUAGUAACUUUCUACUAUUUUAAUUGUUAUGAAAUUAUUUCUUGUAAAAUAAUUGAAUCCAUACUUUUUUUAUUAUAUAAAUUACUACAAACUAACCUAACCCAAGGCGCCACAGCCUUAACUAUUUAUUUUAUUUUAUUAUUUUAUUUAUAAUUUUAUUUUUUUUAUACAUACAUUAUUAAUAUUCCCGUUUAAUAUUUAUUCUACUAGUUAAUAUCUCUAUAAGAAAAGUUUGUAUUGAGAGUAGUGAGUUCAUAGCAAUAAUUAUUUAUUAAAUU